AUUGCUGCCUGCAGCAGGACAGGCCUGAGGCUGCCAGGCCCAGGAGCCGGGUUUGCCCCCACACACACACCUCUCCCCUGCCCCGAGGGGCGCGUGAGGCUGCCGUGUGCCGGCUGGGGUUUGGCGGGCGGUUGGUCUGAGGCGCUACGCGAAGGGUGUCCCCCCACCCCCGGGGUGGCGCCUGCCCGGGUGGCUGUCACACUGACAGGGGCCCGUUCCCGGCUCCUCGCAGGCUGGGAGAGUGCCUGAGCUGCUUCCGCCGGGAGGGGAAACCCCAGAGCCCGGGCGGCAGGGAGGGGAGCUCGCCCAUGAGCUAGGCCUCUGUUUUUCAGGGUGAUCAUGGGGAUUUCCUCUGCCGGCGCCCACUGCUCUGUGUGGAGUCGCUGGGCUCAGCUAAGAUGGCUGACGGGCUUCCACACGAGGAUCUUGGCACCGCAGAGUGUGACUUGUGCCCCGGGGGUGCUUCAGCAGAGGAAACCACCAGGGAUGCCCACGAGUGUGGUUUCCGGGCCGUGGGGUGUGAGGCCUCCGGGCAGGAGAGCGCUCCACGCAGCCUCCUCCGGCUUCCAGGAGGUCAUGCUGACCAGUGAGCGUUACAGAGUGCAGCGGCUGCCCUUCUCCCUUGUGUCCGACAGUGAUGUGGCUUUCUUUGAGCGCAUGAUGCCAGGUAGAGUCAUCACAAAUCCGGAGGAAUUGAAACCGUUUAAUGUGGACUGGCUUAAAUCAGUCCGAGGCUGUAGCAAGCUGAUGUUGAAGCCACAGACAACAGCAGAGGUGUCUCAGAUUCUCAGGUACUGCUAUGAGAGGAACUUGGCAGUGAACCCACAGGGGGGAAACACAGGCCUUGUUGGGGGCAGCGUUCCUGUCUUUGAUGAGAUCAUUCUCUCCACUGUUCUCAUGAACCGGAUCAUCAGCUUUGACAAGGUGUCUGGAAUCCUUGUGUGCCAAGCUGGCUGCAUCUUGGAGAAACUCAACGAGUACUUGGAGGACCAGGGGUUUAUCAUGCCACUUGACUUGGGAGCGAAAGGUAGCUGUCACAUCGGUGGCAAUGUGGCCACAAAUGCUGGAGGUUUACGGCUCUUGAGAUACGGCUCUCUGCGAGGGACAGUGCUAGGCCUGGAAGUGGUGCUGGGUGAUGGCUCAGCUCUGAAUUGCUUGGCAUCUCUGCGCAAAGAUAACACUGGCUAUGAUUUGAAGCAACUUUUCAUCGGAUCUGAGGGGACCUUGGGAGUUGUCACUGCUGUCUCCAUACUCUGUCCUCAGAAACCUAAGGCUGUGAAUCUGGCAUUCCUAGGGUGUCAGAGUUUUGCUAAGGUUCUGGAAACAUUUACAACCUGCAGAGCCAUGCUGGGAGAGAUCCUGUCUGCCUGUGAGUUCAUGGAUGAGAAGUGCAUGGAAUUGGUUGAGAGACAUCUCAAGCUGUCCAGCCCAGUGACAGGCAGCCCUUUUUACGUUUUAAUUGAAACUUCAGGCUCCAACUCGACCCAUGAUGAAGAAAAGUUGAACAACUUCCUAGAACAGGCCAUGACUUCUGGUUUGGUCACUGAUGGAACUGUGGCAACAGAUGAUAAGAAAAUAAAGGCACUGUGGAGCCUGCGGGAGAGAAUCACGGAGGCCCUCACUCAUGAUGGCUAUGUCUACAAAUACGACAUCUCUCUCCCUGUGGGAAAGCUGUAUGAUCUCGUGACUGAUACAAGGGCUCGCCUGGGCCAGAGUGCCAAAAAUGUGGUGGGCUACGGCCACUUGGGAGAUGGAAACUUGCACUUGAACAUCACAGCGGAGUCCUAUAGCCAUUCACUGCUGGGUGCCAUCGAGCCGUUUGUGUACGAGUGGACCACAAGAUACAACGGCAGUGUCAGUGCAGAGCACGGGCUGGGCUUCAAGAAGAAGCAGUUCAUUCAGUACAGCAAAGCCAGUGAGGCAGUCUUUCUAAUGCAGCGUUUCAAAGCCAUGUUAGACCCCAAAGGGAUCCUCAAUCCCUACAAGACACUGCCCUCUCGUUCCUGAGAGCAGCGCACACCCAGAACGAGCAGAUCCCAUCACGCGAGGAUGGCGUCUCUAGCUCAGUUACUGCACUUUAGCCAUAAACAAACUGCUGGAUCAAUCAAGCAUGUGGAAUGCUCCUUGUUUUAUUUUUUUAGUGUGAUGGAACAAGUAAAGGAACGUGGUUCCUCUUCUCAGGGGUGCCUGCUCUUUCUGAAGAAAUACUCAGUACUAGUUUUGAUGGUGCGAGUUUCCUAUUUAAUCUGAGGACUGAAAGCAAGCAUGCAGAUAUUAUGUGUGGAUAUUCCAGCUCUCUUUCCCCUUAGUUUGCUCUGAUUUUUCAGUGAAGUGACACCAGCCAGAGGAGACAUUUUUGUGCUUGGGGUGUGCAAGUGUAACAUCAGAGGCACAAAAGAAUCUGUUGAUGCUACACCACCAUCUCCAACUGAAAACGUUCCUCUUCCUCACUUGUUUUCAUCUGAUAUGCUUGUCGGAAAGUGCAUGGCAGCAUCAGGUCAUGACCUCUGUAGUGAUGCCACAUGCAGGCUGUCCCCACGGGCAUUGAUGUUGUCUCACAGCAUGCAGCUACAGGUUUGCAGUCCUGGAAGGACGGGCCCGAGGAGGUUCCCAGAGACCCAGCUCCUGGGUGGUAUCAGCUGGGGAGGAAAAGCCAGCAGCCAGGCUGAGGGAAGGGACAUCUGGCAGGUUCAGGCAUUAUUUCCUGCUUCCUUGUCUUCCAGUCUGUCCUUGACAGCAAGUCCUCGUUUGCUCUCACAGAGGGUGAGAGCCGUUACCUUAAUGAUUUACAGAGAUAUAUAAAAUCUGUAUCCCUGACAACCAGCAAACUGUAUUAGGCUGUAUGCAGAUGACAGUGAUGUUAAAAUCACCCAGAGCUUUUUCCACACUGUGCAUGUGCAAAAGACAAAGGCAGAAGACAUUUCUGUGCUAAUUUAUUUUCCUGAGGUGCCCCCUUACCCUGGCAGAGGUGGUUCUGAGGCUCCCUGGCCAGUGGGCAGGCUGGUACCUGCAUCCAGUGUCCUGCUUGAGUUAGUGAGGCCACAGAACGGUUCAGACAGACGUUACCCAAAAGCAGCUUGGAAGGUCUGGCAAUAGUCAAGAAAAUAAAGGAGUAGAAAAAUAAAAUCAGCUUGUCUGGCAUUCAGGAGGAUCCCUGAUUGCAAACGAUGCAUUAAAAAAUAUGCUUACUCAAGCAGGAGGGUGAGAGAAAGAAGAUGGUGGUGUAGGAAAGUACCAGAAGUCAGUGCAAAACCUAACAGAAGCUUAUUUUUAAAGUAGGCUGAUUUUACUCAUGUUCAUUCUCUGACCACUUCUUCAUGCCCUCUAACAUGUGUCACCUGUGCUGCAUGUCCAGGGACACUUGUAGGAGGAUAAGGAAUGUUUGGACACACCUUUUAUACCUCUUAGGAAUCACUGAUCAUUAUGGAAGGAUCCUUUUGACUUGGGAUCUUGCCUGAUCCUCCACAAAUCCCAGGCAGUGUCUCUGUUGCCUCAGUUUGAGUAUUUUUUUAAUUAAAGAUUUUAGCAAGGCUUUUGAUGCUGUCCAUCACAGCAUCCUUCUGGACAAGUUGUCUUGCUGUGUGCUGAGCAGGUUCAUGAUGUGCUAGGUGAAAAACUGAAGGGCAGAGCUCACAGGGUUGUGGUGAACAGGGCUACGGCUGGCUGGUGACCGGUCACCAGCAGUGUGCCUCGGGGCCCAGUCCUGGGGCCGGUGCUGUGCAGUGUUUUUAUCAGUGAACUGGGUGCAGGAGUUGAAUGCUCCCUUAGCAGUUUUGCUCAUGAUACCAACUGGGAGGUGCUGUUGACUCUCUGGAGGAACAAGAGGCCUUGCAGAGGGAUCUAGACAGGCCGGCACAACGGGCAAUCCACAGCGUGAAAUUUAACACGUCCACAUGCUGGAUUCUGCGCCUGGGACAGAGUAACACUGGGCACGGAUAA